GAGGGAGAAAACCGACGAUGGCACCGAAGCUGCAGCGAUUUGUCAGCCCGGGAAAAGGCAACGGAGUGCGGGCUACAGCCAGGAUCAGGAGAGGAGAGCUGGUGUACUCUGCCGAGCCGCUGGCGAGCUGUGUGUCCAAAAAACUGUCCAGAGAGGUCUGCCACCACUGCUUCACCCGGCGUGAGACCUUGUUGAGGUGUUCCCAGUGCAAGAUGACUCGCUACUGCAAUAUCACCUGCCAGAAAGGAGCAUGGUGCAGCCAUAAGAGGGAGUGUAAAUGUCUGCGGAGCCUCCUUCCCAGAAUUCCCACUGACUCAGUCCGUCUGGCCGCGAGACUCAUCUUUGCCUUGUUAAGUCCAUCUGAUAACAGCAGUGAGGAGCUCUACACAUUAGAGGAGCAUGAAUCACACCUGAGUUCCAUGUCUGAGCAGAAGAAACAAGGUCUCUCUCAGCUGGCAACCAUGUUACAGUUAUACCUGACACAGGAAGUACCUGUACAGGAAAUGACAUCAGCACUGCCGCCUUCCUGCCAGGAACCCCUCAACCUUAUUGCAAAGGUGACAGGUAAUUGUUUUACUAUCAGUGACGGAGAGCUGCAGGAGAUCGGAGUUGGGCUGUAUCCUAGUUUAUCUCUACUGAACCAUGACUGUAGGCCAAACUGUGUGAUGGUGUUUGAGGGAACAAACCUCCAGCUCAGAGCUGUUCGAGAUAUCAACCCUGAAGAGGAGUUAACUAUAAGUUAUGUAGAGACGUUGUCAUUGACUGAGGAUCGAAGGAGACAGCUGGAGGACCAAUACCAUUUUACCUGCCACUGCCAGAGAUGUGACUCUCAAGACACAGACAGACUCAUGCUGUCGGGUAAAGAAGAAACACACCGCCUGUUAAAGGAGGCUAUACCCAAACUAGAAGAUCUGAAAGCAGAGUCCAAUUGGCAAGCACUAUUGGAGAACUGCAGACAUCUGUUAUCAACUGUUGGUGGUGACGUGCCUGAAGAAAAUCUGUACAAGCUCAGGAUGACAGACAUUGCUGUAGAUGCCUCCAUUCAGCUGGAACUCUGGGAGGAAGCUGUGGGAUAUGGGAAGAAGACACUUCCAGCAUACAGACAAUACUACCCUGAUCCCCACCCGGUUCAUGGAGUCCAGCUGAUGAGAGUUGGAAAGCUGCAGCAUUACCUGGAACACAUCAAGGAUGCCUUUGAUACAUUCAGACAGGCUUAUGAAAUUAUAAAGGUCACUCAUGGUGAAGACCACCCAUUGACCGCUGAUCUGUUGAUGAAGAUGAAGGAAUGUCAUACUGAGCUGGAUCAAUAUUCAUCCAGCAGUCACUAAAA